AGGAUUGUGGCCUCUCUCUGGGGCAGCCAUAGAGGUCAUGGCUGUGAGGCAAGCAGCUGGCCCCUUGCAGCCCUGACCACCUGCCUGCUGAGUAGACACAGUCCCCGGCUGAGUCCCUGUGUCCACAGCUGGCCUCAUGUGCAUGGAAUGGUGCUGUGCCCCAUGCCAGCAGGCUGGGCUCACCAUGGUGCCAGGUACCAUCCUGGCGCGAGGGAGAGAUGUGUGCAGGCGGAACGGGUUACUCAUCCUGUCUGUGCUGUCUGUCAUCGUAGGCUGUCUCCUCGGCUUCUUCUUGAGGACCCGGCGCCUCUCACCACAGGAGAUUAGUUACUUCCAGUUUCCUGGAGAACUCUUGAUGAGGAUGUUGAAGAUGCUGAUCCUUCCACUGGUGGUCUCCAGCUUGGUGUCUGGCCUCGCCUCCCUGGAUCCCAAGACCUCCAGCCGCCUGGGCAUCCUCACCGUAGCCUACUACCUGUGGACCACCUUCAUGGCGGUCAUCGUGGGCAUCGUCAUGGUCACCACCAUCCACCCUGGCGGGGUGGCCCAGAAGGAAAUGACGGCGCAGAGUGGAAAGCCCAUCAUGAGCUCAGCCGACGCCCUGCUUGACCUCAUCCGGAACAUGUUCCCAGCCAACCUGGUGGAAGCCACAUUCAAACAGUACCGCACCAAGACCACCUCUGUUGUCAAGUCUAUUAAGGAGGCAUCAGAGGAGGCCCUUCCUCGGCCCAUCCUCAUCUAUGGGGUCCAGGAAGAAAACAGCUCUCGUGUGCAGAACUUCAUCCUGGAUCUGACCCCACCGCCGGAGGUCAUUUACAAGUCAGAGCCUGGCACCAGUGAGGGCAUGAAUGUGUUGGGCAUUGUCAUUUUCUCUGCCACCAUGGGCAUCAUGCUGGGCCGUAUGGGUGACAGCGGAGCCCCACUGGUCAGUUUCUGCCAGUGCCUCAAUGAGUCCGUCAUGAAGAUCGUGGCGGUGGCUGUGUGGUACUUCCCCUUCGGCAUUGUGUUCCUUAUUGCUGGCAAGAUCCUGGAGAUGGAUGAUCCCAAGACCAUUGGGAAGAAGCUGGGCUUCUACGCGAUUACGGUGGUGUGUGGGCUUGUCGUCCACGGUCUCUUCAUUUUGCCUCUGCUCUACUUCUCCAUCACCAAAAAGAACCCCAUCGUCUUCAUCCGCGGAAUUCUCCAGGCCCUGCUCAUUGCACUGGCCACCUCCUCCAGCUCAGCCACACUGCCCGUCACCUUCAAGUGCCUACUGGACAACAACCACAUUGAACGGCGCAUCGCCCGCUUCGUGCUGCCUGUGGGCGCCACCAUCAACAUGGACGGCACUGCGCUCUAUGAGGCUGUGGCUGCCAUCUUCAUUGCCCAGGUCAACAACUAUGAGCUGGACUUUGGACAGAUCAUCACCAUCAGCAUCACAGCGACAGCGGCCAGCAUUGGGGCAGCGGGCAUCCCUCAGGCCGGACUCGUCACCAUGGUCAUUGUGCUCACUUCUGUGGGACUGCCCACUGAGGACAUCACCCUCAUCAUCGCCAUUGACUGGGCUCUGGACCGUUUCCGUACCAUGAUUAACGUACUGGGUGAUGCUCUGGCUGCAGGGAUCAUGGCCCACAUCUGCCGGAAGGACUUCAUUCAGGACACAGGCACCGAGAAACUGCCGCCCUUUGAGACCAAGCCGGUGAGCCUCCAGGAGCCUCCAGUGGCGACCCAGUGGAGUGGUUGUGUGAAGAGCGGGGGCCCCUCCCGCCCCCACCACGUCACUGUCCAGGUAGAGCAGGACAAGGAGCCAGCCACUGGCUGCCUGGACCACUGCACCAUCGAGAUCAGUGAGUUUGAGACCAAUGUCUGA